AGUCUACUCUACAUAGACACGUCAAUCUAGAAAAAAGGCAGCAGAUUUCGGGGAUCAUUCAUCACUCAUCACUCAUUACUAUCGUCUUCAUAUAUAAUAUUGUAUUUCCUAUUCUUCCGAUCUUAGACGGCAAAGAAACUCAACUCGUUUUCACACUCUUUUUCUUGCUUUAAAUCCGAACUGGAGAUGCAGGAUUCUGGAUUUACUUGCUAGAAUUUCUGUGUGUAAAUUACUCGAGCAAUUGGGGUGCUCUUUUGGUUUUUUUCUGUUUUUGGUGUUGCAGGUUGAAAAAUGGCUCAGUUUUUGCUUCACGGGACUCUCCAUGUGACGAUCUACGAGAUCGAUCAGCUUCAAGGCGAGGGCGGUGGAGGCGGCGGGGGAUUCUUCCGCAAGAUUAUGGAACAUGUUGAGGAGGCUGUUCAUAUUGGAAAAGGAAAAACUCAAAUAUAUGCUACUAUAGAUCUUGAAAAGGCAAGAGUUGGCAGGACCAGGUUGCUUGAAGAACCCAACAAUCCUCAGUGGAAUGAGUCUUUUCAUAUUUACUGUGCCCACUCGGCUUCAAAUGUCAUAUUCACUGUCAAGGAUGACAAUCCCGUUGGUGCCACCUUAAUUGGAAGAGCUUAUAUACCGGUAGAGGAGCUCUUGGAGGGUGAAGAAGUUGAUAAGUGGGUUGAGAUUCUUGAUAAAGACAAGAAUCCUAUCAAUGAAGGCUCCAAAAUCCAUGUAAAGCUGCAGUUUUUUGAUGUCAACCGGGAUCGUAAUUGGGGACGUGGAAUUAAAAGUGCCAAGUAUCCUGGUGUUCCUUACACCUUCUUUGGACAGAGAAAAGGAUGCCGUGUUUCUUUGUAUCAAGAUGCACAUAUCCCAGAUGGGUUUGUACCAAGAAUCCCUCUCUCUGGGGGGCAGUACUAUGAGCCUCACAGAUGUUGGGAGGAUGUCUUUGAUGCAAUUACUAAUGCAAAGCACAUGAUUUACAUUACUGGCUGGUCGGUAUAUACUGAAAUUUCUCUAGUGAGGGAUUCAAGGAGGCCAAAACCUGGAGGAGACAUUACGCUCGGUGAGUUGCUUAAGAAUAAGGCAAGUGAGGGUGUUAAGGUUUGUAUGCUUGUUUGGGAUGACAGAACCUCUGUAGGCCUGCUGAAGAAAGAUGGGUUGAUGGCUACUCAUGAUGAAGAAACUGAACAAUUCUUCAAAGAUACUAAUGUUCAUUGUGUCUUAUGCCCUAGGAAUCCUGAUGAUGGUGGAAGCUUUGUUCAGGAUUUACAAAUCUCUACAAUGUUUACUCAUCACCAAAAGAUUGUUGUAGUCGACCAUGAAAUGCCCAGUGGAGGAUCAGAGCAGAGGAGGAUUGUGAGCUUUGUUGGUGGUAUUGAUCUUUGUGAUGGCCGAUAUGAUACCCCGUUCCAUUCUCUUUUUAGGACACUGGAUACUGCACACCAUGAUGAUUUCCAUCAACCUAACUUUCCUGAUGCUUCAAUUACAAAAGGUGGACCACGGGAACCAUGGCAUGACAUUCACUCCCGGCUUGAAGGACCCAUUGCUUGGGAUGUUUUGUAUAAUUUUGAGCAGAGAUGGAGGAGGCAAGGUGGGAAGGAUGUUCUUGUUAACCUUAGAGAGCUUAGUGAAAUUAUAAUUCCUCCAUCACCAGUGAUGUUCCCGGAUGAUCAGGAGACCUGGAAUGUUCAACUGUUCAGGUCUAUUGAUGGAGGGGCUGCUUUUGGCUUCCCUGAUACACCUGAGGGAGCUGCCAAGGCUGGUCUUGUCAGUGGGAAGGAUAAUAUUAUUGACAGAAGCAUUCAAGAUGCAUAUAUUAAUGCUAUUCGUCGUGCAAAAAAUUUUAUUUAUAUUGAAAACCAGUAUUUUCUGGGAAGCUGUUUUGGCUGGGACUCAGAUGAUAUCAAAGUUGAGGACAUUGGUGCUUUGCACCUUGUUGCCAAAGAACUUUCAUUGAAGAUUGCCAGUAAGAUUGAAACUGGGGAAAGGUUUACUGUAUAUAUUGUUGUCCCAAUGUGGCCGGAAGGAAUCCCAGAAAGUGCAUCGGUUCAAGCAAUUCUCGACUGGCAGAGGAGGACAAUGUGUAUGAUGUAUAAAGAUAUCAUUCAAGCCAUGAGAGCCCAGGGAAUUGAGGAGGAUCCCAGGACUUAUUUAACAUUUUUCUGUGUUGGUAACCGGGAGGUAAAGAAGAGUGGAGAAUAUGAACCUUCAGAAACACCAGAGCCUGAUACAGAUUAUAUGAGAGCUCAGGAAGCUCGGCGCUUCAUGAUCUACGUGCAUUCCAAAAUGAUGAUAGUUGAUGACGAAUACAUAAUUGUUGGAUCGGCCAACAUCAACCAGAGGUCAAUGGAUGGGGCAAGAGAUUCCGAGAUAGCCAUGGGUGCCUACCAACCUUACCACUUGGCAGGUAGGGAGCCAGCAAGGGGUCAGAUCCACGGUUUCCGAAUGUCAUUAUGGUACGAGCACCUCGGCAUGCUGGACGAAGCAUUCCAGCAUCCUGAAAGCGAGGAGUGCAUCAGGAAGGUGAAUGACAUCGCCGACAAGUACUGGGAUCUCUACUCGAGCGAGAGCCUAGAACGAGACCUGCCCGGCCACUUGCUCCGCUACCCCAUCGGAAUCAGCAGUGAUGGCGAUGUAACAGAGCUCCCCGGGUUCGAGUUCUUCCCCGACACCAAAGCUCGUGUUCUUGGCACUAAAUCUGACUACCUUCCCCCAAUCCUCACUACAUAAUCACCAAACUGCUUGCCCCAUCUUUCAUCAUAAUAAACCAUUAUCCGGGGUUGAAUAACUGCGUUCUGUUUUCAUGAGUGGGCAUGAAUGAUUAAUUUGUUUUGUACUGUGUACUAUGUUUGAGUAGAACAAGACAUGGGAGUGUUGUUUGAUCUGUGCUUCUAGAUAAUGAUAAUGAAUGUGAAUUUCGUGAA